AUGGACCCAUCAAACAUUCACAAUGGCACACAAUAUUUUUUGGAACACUUAAGCGAAAACCUAGGUCCACAGUCACUACCUCACAAGGUAGAUGCUUCAGUGUCAGCAGCAAAUACGUCUCUGAACCCUUCAAGCAUCAAUAUUUCCGAAACUAAACCCGUGCGUAACUACUCCAUACAGACCGGUGAGGAGUUUGCUCUCGAAUUUGUGCGAGACCGGGUCAAUCUCAGGACCCCAUUCGUGGGAAAUAUCUCGGGUGACCCCAGCUGCACAACCGGCUACUUAGAGCUCAAACGCAUUUUAGGCAUCAGUCGAACCUCUUCAGAAGUCAGUUCAGAUAUUUCCACGGUUGCCACAAUAGAAAAGACCUCAAGAGAAUUUGAGAGAAUGUCCAUACAACAACGCACAGGUGACCACAAGCCUUCGCAGUUGGAUCCACUCGCCUUGUCUCAUAUCGACAGCCAUCCGAGACAUGUGGACACCUCGUCUGGGGCUUCUCACACCUCCUUUAAGAAGCUCAAGAUUCUGUGCAGCUUUGGCGGAAGAAUUCUGCCGAGGCCGAGCGAUGGGAAGCUCAGAUACGUUGGUGGUGAGACACGCAUCGUGCGGAUCAGCAGAGACAUCACGUGGAGAGAUCUCUGGGAGAAAAUGACAGCAGUUUACGGCGGGACCCAUGUGAUAAAGUAUCAGCUUCCUGGGGAGGACCUCGAUGCCUUGAUUUCUGUGUCGGGCGAUGAGGAUUUGCAGAACAUGAUGGAGGAAUGCAACGUCUUGGGAGGCGAAGGAUCUGGAAGGCUCCGAAUCUUUUUGUUCUCACGCGUGGAUAUAGAAGAUGCAUAUAUUGGCCUGGCAGACGCUGGCGUUAAUUCAGAGAUGAAAUAUGUGGUUGCUGUCAAUGGACUGGAAAUGGGCCGGCGUAAGGGCUCAUCAGGGAACAAUCUUAGUCAGUUGGGCAUGGGAAAUGUUGAGAAGGACAGUCAUAUGGAAUUUGCGGGGGUGGAUAGGUCUAGUGAGGCGGGCCUUGUUGUCCCGCCAACGGCUUCUGAAUCUUCGAACCUUGUUUUGCCAAGUAUCUCCAGAGUUGACAAAACUGGUUUGCAGUUCUAUUCCGGUGAGCCCAUGCCUCAUAUGCCUUCAGCAGAUGGUGUUGUUACAAAGAAUACUCAUGGGGCUAUUUCUCGAGAGGAAGGCGAUGAAGGGAAGUUUCUUAGUAGCUCGGGUACACAGGUCUCAGAAAUACAUGAAAAGGAGAUAAAACACAAAUUCAAUGGCUUAGUUCAACUGGAAAAUGGUAUCAGCAGUAACCCAAAAAUCAAAUUUCCUGCUGAAGGGUCACACGUGGUGCCCACACUGGAUAGGGAUUUGUCAUCGAAGGCAUCAAAAUGUGAAGGAGUGCCCCAGGAAACAAUGCAAGUCUCAAAUCCUCUAGAUGCUGUUAAUCCAUCCAAACUUCCUAAAUCUGAUGGCAAUGAGUAUGAUACCACUGGCAAUGCUUCUGGUUCUCGAUCGAUCAUUUUAGAAUCUGAUCCAACAGAACCAAGCUGCUCAGAGACCUCUGUUCCUCCUCAGCUGAUCUUUUAUUCUGAGCGCAUUCCUAGAGAACAGUCGGGGCAUCUUAAUAGAAUUUCUAAGUCGGAUGGCUCUCACAGUUCUCAGUUUCUAAUUAAUGAAGAUUUAGUUGCUGAAUCCGCUGGGAGAUUCCAAUAUGGAAAUGUUGAUAAUGCCGCUCAUGUCGAGCCAGAAACUUCCAAUAAUGGACAUCCAAUAUAUCCACCUGAUGUUAAAGGCAUGAAUGAAAAUCAAGUUCCCAUGGCUGAAAUUGAAGCUGGAUUAACGUAUCCUGCUUCUGGAUAUGGUGGCGAUCAGCCCAUUAGUAAUGAUGCUCAUGGCCAUCCUCAACAUGAGGGUGACAUACUCAUCGAUAUCAACGACAGAUUCCCACGUGAUCUUCUUUCGGAUAUAUUCUCCAAAGCUAUUCUUUCUGAUGGCUCGUCUGGCAUUGGUCCUCUGCCGAAGGAUGGGACUGGUUUGAGCAUGAACAUUGAAAGCCAUGAGCCUCAAAGGUGGUCAUUUUUCCAGAGACUGGCAGGGGAUCAGUUCAUGAGAAGGGAUGUCUCUCUUAUAGAUCAGGACCACAUGUUCUCUGCGAAAGUUAACGAUGGCGCUCGUUUGGCGUAUGAUUUUGUGCCACAGGUUAAAGAUGAGAGCAUGCCAAGUCAUGGAGGAUUAGAGGAGAAAGGAUAUCAGAGAGAGGUACGGGAUGCAGAUGCAGCUGUCUCUAUGCCUGCUCCUUCGGAUUAUGACGCAUCUCAUGUGAAGUUCAGUGAAGGCAUUCAGGAUAGUGAGUUGAUGGGUAAUGUGAGAAUUGAGAAAUCAGAUUAUGAGGCUUGUUCUCAGGGGGGUUUCGGGAAAAUUAGCUUGGCUCCUCUAGAUCAAUUGUUGGUCGAUUUUGACAUCUUCAACUCAUUGCAGAUUAUACACAAUGCAGAUCUUGAAGAGUUAAAGGAACUUGGUUCUGGCACAUUUGGGACAGUAUAUCAUGGCAAAUGGAGAGGCUCAGAUGUGGCAAUCAAGCGUAUAAAGAAGAGUUGCUUCACUGGUCGACAAUCAGAACAAGAAAGAUUGACUAAUGAUUUUUGGAGGGAAGCUGAAAUUCUUUCGAAGCUUCACCACCCAAACGUGGUAGCAUUCUAUGGUGUUGUACACGAUGGACCAGGGGGAACAUUAGCUACUGUGACGGAGUACAUGGUCGACGGAUCUUUGAGACAUGCUCUACUUCGUAAGGAUAGACAGCUUGACCGCUGGAAGCGACUCGUAAUUGCUAUGGAUGCUGCUUUUGGGAUGGAAUAUUUGCAUUCAAAAAAUAUCGUGCACUUUGAUCUAAAAUGUGACAAUUUGCUCGUUAACUUAAAAGAUCCUUCAAGACCUAUAUGCAAGGUAGGUGAUUUCGGUCUAUCGAAAAUAAAACGAAACACCUUGGUAUCUGGCGGAGUUAGGGGGACCCUGCCAUGGAUGGCUCCCGAGCUGCUAAAUGGUAGUAGCAAUAAAGUGUCUGAGAAGGUUGAUGUCUUCUCAUUUGGUAUUGUCUUAUGGGAGAUACUCACUGGAGAGGAGCCGUACGCCAACAUGCAUUACGGGGCAAUCAUAGGAGGGAUUGUGAAUAAUACACUGAGGCCAACAAUACCGGGCUACUGUGAUCCGGAAUGGAGAAGGUUAAUGGAGCAGUGUUGGGCCCCGAAUCCAGUUGGGAGGCCUUGCUUCACUGAAAUCGCUAGCCGGUUGCGGGUCAUGUCUUCUGCUGCUCAGACUCGAAAGGGGAGUUCAUAG